AUGAGGAAUCCUUUAAUAUCGGAAUGGUUUCAUGAUCAAAGAUGUUAUUCCACUAAGAUUGAAGGAACUGUUAUUGGCAUAGAUCUAGGCACGACGAAUUCUUGUGUCGCUGUUAUGGAGGGAAAACAUGCAAAAGUUUUAGAAAAUUUUGAAGGGUCGCGAACUACACCAUCGGUUGUUGGCUUUACCGAAGAUGGGACUGAAUUGGUGGGUGCAAGCGCAAAGAGACAAGCCAUUUAUAAUGCGAAAAACACAUUUUACUCGACUAAACGGUUAAUCGGGAGGAAAUUCAAAGAUCUGGAGAUCCAAAAAAUUAUUAAAACUAUGCCAUUUACAGUGCUUGAGGGGAAUAACGGAGAUGCAGUAAUUGAAGCCUCUGGACGCACAUGUACCCCGAUAGAGAUUGGGUCUAUAAUUGUGAAAAGGAUGAAAGAAGUGGCCGAGAAUUACCUCGGUGAAAGCGUGUACAAUGCGGUGCUUACUGUUCCUGCUUAUUUUAAUGAUGCACAGCGUCAGGCUACUAGGGAGGCCGGACUCCUAGCCGGGUUGAAUAUAUUGAGGGUUAUAAAUGAACCUACAGCAGCUGCGCUUGCAUAUGGUCUUGAAAAAGUCGAAGACAAAUCUAGAAUUGCCGUCUAUGAUUUGGGUGGGGGAACCUUUGAUGUUUCAAUUCUGGAGAUUCAAAGAGGUGUCUUUGAAGUCAUGUCAACAAACGGAGAUACUUUUCUCGGCGGAGAAGAUUUUGAUAGUUUAUUAUUAAGCUUUUUAAUAAAACAACUUGAAAAAAACGUAAUGUUAAUCGCAAGCUGA